AUGAGCCAUAGUGAAGAAUAUUUAUCAUUCAUACAAUGUUCUCAACAAGCACUUGCUGUUGAGAAUGAACACCAAGUGAUUGAUGUAUUGACGAAUUCGGAGAGAGUUUUGCAAGACUUGGCAAGAGCAUUAGAAUUUCCUGAAGUUUUUAACAUGAAAUUAAUAUUGAGAGAAUGGUAUCCAGAAAUUACCUAUGAAUAUGAAAUUAGAGGUUUUGUUCAUAAUUUUGAACUCAUUGCAUUAUGUCAGUACGACAACACAUGCUUGGUUCAGGAGCUCAUUGACAAAAAGGACGAAAUUUCUUCGUCAAUUUUGCGAUAUUACCAUACCACUGUGAAACCUUUACUCUAA